AUGUUUUACCCAGGGUUACGGGUCACCGGCACCACCAUGGCCAUGGCGAGGAUACACCUGAACAUGCACAAGACGAUUUUACUCACGAUGAUGAUGUUUAAAUGGGGUAUACUAUGUUCCGAAUCGUCAGACAAAUGCCUGUCAUCUCCAUGUCAGAAUGGAGCAACCUGUGUCGACACCAUGGAUGACUAUGUGUGUUUGUGUCCCAGAGAAGGUGUGCGCUACACAGGCAAAGACUGUGACCAGCUGUAUGACGCGUGUGUGUUUGCAUCGUGCGCUGAAUGUCACAGCGUCCCCGGCACAGUAGAGUACAGUUGUGUGUGUCCGCCCGGUGUCACCGGUGAGAGCUGUACGGAGGACGUGAAUGAGUGUGAGAGCGAUCCGUGCACGGGGCCUCGAUCUGAAUGCAUGGAUGAGUUAAACGGCUACUCGUGUUACUGCCCCGUUGGGUUUGGUGGCGAGGACUGCAGUCAACAUAUGCCCGACUGCGCAGACCAACCCUGCCUUAACAACGGCACCUGCAAACGUUUGCCGGAUGGCAUCGAGUGUGUGUGCGCGGUGGGUUUCCGAGGUGAACUGUGCGAAGAAGACAUAGACGAGUGCGCGUCUCAUCCGUGUCAGAACGGAGCAAUUUGUCUGGAUGGAGCAGCGGAGUAUCAUUGUUUCUGUGUGCCGGGUUAUCAGGGUCACAACUGUGAGAUUGACAUCAAUGAAUGUGCCUCUCUUCCAUGUGAGAACAACGCCACCUGCAUCAAUGAGAAAGACAAAUACGUGUGUGAGUGUCUGCUGGGAUACACAGGAGUAAACUGUGAGGUGGAGAUAGAUGAAUGUGAGUCGAGCCCGUGUCAGAACGGGGCGACCUGCCAUGACUUGGUGGGGCUGUACACUUGUGAUUGUGUGCGUGGGUUUGAGGGCAUAGACUGCGAGGUCAACAUUGACGAAUGUGCCAGUGAACCAUGUUUGAAUGGAGGGAUCUGUCAAGACCUGAUAGACAGUUAUGAGUGUGACUGCAAUGGUACGGGUUUUAUGGGUGACCACUGUGAGGAGGAUAUUCCGGAGUGUGCGUCUGAUCCCUGCCAGCACGGGGCGACCUGUGAAGAGGGUGUAAACCAGUACACCUGUUACUGUUGGCCGGGGUUCGAGGGGGAGAACUGUGAGGUGGAUAUUGAUGAGUGUGCUGACGGUCCAUGUCAGAAUGAUGGAGAAUGCUUUGAGAAGUCAGAACCCUCACACUGGGAAACAGACUGGGAAUUCAGCUAUGCCAGUGCAGCCGGGUACAUCUGCCAAUGCCAGCCUGGCUUUACAGGUGAAAACUGUACAAUAAACAUAGAUGAGUGUCAGUCUGCACCAUGUCAAAAUGGAGGGACCUGUGAGGACAUGGUAAAUGGAUAUGUGUGUACCUGCAAGGAUGGAUUCACAGGUGACUUAUGUGAGGUGAACAUAGAUGAAUGUGAAAGUUCCCCAUGUGAGAACGGUGGCUGGUGUGAGGAUGGGGUGGCAGACUACACGUGUCACUGUCCUGAGCCUGAAACAGAGGACAGUCUGCCCUGGGGAGGGCAUCACUGUGAUGUGCAGCUCCUGGGCUGUGUGGACCAUGCCUGCCAAAAUGGUGCCACUUGUCAGCCAUGGAUAGAGGGUGAUGAGCACGGACACUUCUGUCUGUGUCAGCCGGGCUUCUAUGACGAGGUCUGCUCCACCCCCACCACGUUCUCCUUCACGCAGCCUGGUUUCAUUAGGGUGGAGCUGCCUGAGGAGACUGAACGUAGGCGUAGAGAUGCUGGGCAACAGCUCCACCCCCUGGGCAUGAGGUUACGAUUCCGCACCACCCUGCCGGAUAUGCUGCUCUUCUACCGUGGUGACAUCCACAGCUUCCUCUCUAUGGAAAUAGUGGGAGGUGGCCUGCGUGUGAGGGCGGAGUCAGAGGAGGGCUGGUUGGAAGUGAGCUUCUCUGGGUUGGUGAGUGAUGGAGGGUGGCGCGAUGCCAGCGUGGAAUUAGAUGAGAACUUGGUGCUGCUUCUGAAAGGACCCGGCUGUGACAACGAAGGCUGCAUGGUAGAGGACAGUGAUCCAGACCAUGUUCUUGUGCUCCAGCCAGACUCCAUCAGACAGGUGUUUGUGGGUGGAGCACCAGAAGAGUACCUGGAAAAUACGGAGAGCAGACAAGGAUUUGUGGGUUGUAUGGAGGACUUGCUGAUCGACCUCAAACCCAUCGUGCCCCAGGAUCUACCUGAAGAUGCCUCUCAGGACAUGGAACUGGGCUGCAGUAAGACAGAGUGGUGCCAUGAAGAACCGGAUCCCUGCUCCCAGAACGGUCACUGUGUGGACCUGUGGACCACCUACCGUUGUGACUGUCACCGCCCUUACCAUGGACAUGACUGCUCCCAGGAGUAUCCAUCAUGGACAUAUGGACACGAGGACAGUAUAAGCUACAGCUCCUAUGAAGUGGCUGACUCUCACGGCUCAAACUUCAGUGUCUCAAUGUUCUUGCGUUCGCUGCGUCCAAACAGCCUGCUGCUGCAGCUGCGCAGACCGGUGCACAGUGAGGGAGAUGAACUGGUGGAGGAGUCAGAGGCAGAGCCUUAUUUCACUGUGUACCUAGAGAGGGGCCGAGUAUUCGUGAGCUCCCUGCCUCCAGCUACGCCAUUAACUGCCCCCGUAUUCCUUACCAAUGGAGAGAAACAGCUGGUGGAGAUUAAGGUGCAACAGGGACAGGUGUUUUUCAAGCAUGCUGGGCUGCACUAUCCCAUUGGAGAACUGCCUGAGGUGGAGGUAAUGGUUGGGGAUGUAGUGUAUGUAGGGGGAUUACCAGAAGAAGGAGAGGCAGAGACGUGGGGAGGGCAUUUUAAGGGUUGUCUGCAGGAUCUCCGUAUCGACAGUGCCCACCUCGAUGUGGAUGCAUGGAACAGCACGACGAACGAGACAGUGUACUUUUCCAGUGAUGUGGACAACGUACAGCCAGGCUGCAUCAGUGAUGACACCUGUCAGGCGGAGCCAUGUCUGAAUGGAGGCCAAUGCACCGUCACUUGGAAUGACUUUGUGUGCUCCUGUCCCCUCAACUUCACGGGAAAGAUGUGCGAGACACGUGUGUGGUGUGUCAGUGACCCUUGUAUGAUGGGAAGUCAUUGUGUUGACCUGCCAGAUGGAUACGAGUGUGUUACAAACGCUACUUUUGAAAACAGUCCCCUUCACUACAGCACUGAGGGCUCUCUGGUCGAUGCAGUAACUAGCGUUACCAUGGAAUUACGCACGCGCACGGAGAAUGGUGUGCUGUUGCGGGCAUUCCGUAGAGAGGAACUGCUUUUGGUUGGACUUUUGGAUGCUAAUAUCCGGGUGGAGGUUUAUGGCGAGAACAGCGUGGAACCGCUGGCAUUUUCUGGCGAACGUCGAGUGGCAGACGGCCGUUGGCAUCGAGUACGAGUGUUCAUGACACACCCUGAACGCAAGGCUUCAGUCUGGCAGAUCACAGUUGAUGGCAUCUUCGACGGUAGCAGUGCCCCUGCACUUGCGGGCAGUGUCGAUUUUCUUAGCGAUGUCUCCAGUUCUGUAACAUUGGGUGAGAGCUUCAUCGGUUGCCUAGGAGCUGUGCGGGUGGGCGGAGUCUACUUUCCGUAUGUCGAUGACCGCACUCCACCCCAGGCCGCUCGUUUUCAGCGGAGGGAAGGGGAGCAUGCACAGGUCGGGUGCGUCGGGGCACCUGUGUGUGAGUCGCUACCUUGCGUAAAUGGGGGCACCUGCCAGGAUCUGUUCAACCUGUUUGGCUGUGACUGCCUACCUGGGUGGGAGGGGCAGAGUUGUGAACUGGAAACAGAUGAGUGUGGGUCACAGCCCUGUCUCCAUGGUAUGUGCCAUGACCACCUGGCAGGGUUUGACUGUACGUGUGAUGCAGGGUACACAGGCUUGACAUGCGAGGUAGAUGUGGAUGACUGCGUGGACUCACCAUGUCAGAACGGAGGCACCUGUGUGGAUGGAGUGAAUCACUAUACCUGCAUCUGCCCACCUGAAUACAGCGGCACACGCUGCCAAUGGAACUACCCCCCGCUGAAGUGUGAGGUGGAUGUGCAGUGUGCCAAUAUGGGCGUGUGCCACGACACAGUUUGGGGAGCCAACUGUACAUGUAACCCAGGUUUCACAGGGGACAGGUGUGAGACGGACGUCAAUGAGUGCGCGUCAAACCCCUGUCAAAAUGGAGGCUCCUGUCUUGACCGACUAGCUAGAUUCCAGUGUGUGUGUGCAACCGGAUUCAGUGGCCCAUUAUGUGAAAGCAAUAAGCUGUCCCAGCGUGAGCGUGUGCCGUGGCUUGUGGUGGCCAUUCCUCUGGUGUGCGGCUGCAUCCUGCUCGUCAUUAUCGGUUUGAUCUUCAUGGUUAUGACAGCUCGACGGAAACGUCAGUCGGAGGGCGCUUACUCACCCAGCGCGCAGGAAGUGGCCGGAGCUCGCCUGGAAAUGGAUAGCAUGCUCAAAGUCCCUCCGGAGGAACGUCUCAUAUGA